UUAUGCACUGGUUUUUGUGGUGGACCUGCAUCAAGACAAGAGGGGUGGUCACUAUUAGACAAAAUAAUCUAAUAGUGACUUUUGUAUUUAUCCAUGGAUACAGGAUACUUAAUUGCUCAGCUUCACGGAUUUUGAAAACAACUGAUAACAUACAAUAUCUGAUAUUUUAUAUAUUUUAAAAAUACAUAGUAUUGUCUUUAUAUGAUUAAUAAUUAAAUUGGUUUUUUUUCCUUUUAAAAGUUUGGUGCCUUGGUUAAUGUAGAUGGUGGAUUGGUUGGAUUGAUGGCCACUAUUCCAUGAAGUCAUGUGACAUAUUCAUUUUCUAUUACUGAUUUUUGUGUGAUGAUGAUUAUAAAUGUUAGAGAAAUGCUGAAUGAUACAAAAACUAUUUUUAAAACAAUUUACAAAAAAAAAUAUUGUGAUUUAUUGGAUGCUUGUUUAGUGUAUAAGAUGGCCACUAUCCAUGAAGUCAUGUUUGACAUCUUCAAUUUCUGCUACUGAUUUUUGUGUGAUGAUUAUUAUAAAUGUGAAAUGCUCAAUGAUUCAACAUUUUUUAUUAAAAACAAUUUUCAAAUGAAAAAAAUAAAAAUAAAAAAUUGUUGUGUUUUAUAUGAUGCUUGUUUACCGUAUAAGAUUGCUCCCCUCCCCCUUUUUUCAAUUAUGAUUGGCCAUUAAUCUUUUGUAACAAUUUUGUAUAGAAAUUUCUGUAACAAAUAGCAUUGUUAUCUAAAUUACAUUCCAAGUAAAGGAAUGCUCUACGGGUUAGAUUAUAUCAACAUGGUGUGUUCAACUAAGCAUUGUUGAAUAAGGGAACGUGUGCAAUAUGCUUGAAUACAAUGAAACCAGGGCAGGGGCAGGCCAUUUUUACUGCAGAAUGUUCUCACUCUUUCCAUUUCCAAUGCAUCACAUCUAAUGUAAGAUAUGGGAAUCAGAUUUGCCCUGUUUGCAGAGCAAAAUGGAAAGAAGUUCCUUUUCAAAAUACUGCAUCCAAUGUCUCCCAUGACAUCUCUCAACCAAGAGGUGACACCUGGUCAGGUAUACUACGGAGACUUUCUUCCUCACGACAAAAUGGUACAGUUCGGCAGGGUUCUUCACGUCUUAAUCUUAACCAUAAUCAUAAUAUAACAGAACCAGCUAUCUUUGAUGACGAUGAUGAAGUCUUGGAUCAACAAACUUCAAUUACUCACCAUGUUAAUGAUGUUGAUCAUAGCAUAGAAAAUAGAAUGGAGAUCACAACAUAUCCUGAAGUUUCAGCUGUUUCAAAAUCAGACUCUCAUGAUAACUUUACUGUAUUGGUUCAUCUUAAGGCUCCACCUUAUUCCAUCAAACAAAAUGGUGGCAGAAGCAGUGUUGAACCUUCAGUUGAGACAUCGCCUUCGCGUGCUCGAGUUGAUCUUGUCACAGUUCUUGAUGUAAGUGGUAGCAUGACAGGUUCAAAGAUUACAUUACUGAAACAAGCUAUGAGUUUUGUCAUACAGAAUCUAAGUUCCUCAGAUCGUCUUUCUAUCAUUGUGUUUUCCUCAACAGCCCGUCGCAUCUUCCCUCUACGACGGAUGAAUGAUGAUGGGCGACAACAGGCAUUGCGUGCAGUUAACGCUUUGGUUCCAAAUGGUGGAACAGACAUUGCUGAAGGAUUGAAGAAAGGGGUUAAGGUGUUUGUUGACCGUCGAUGGAAGAAUCCAGUGGGCGGUAUCAUGUUACUAACUGAUGGACAGGAUACUCAUAAUAUUUGUACCACAGCUGGUAUCGGAGAAGGUUAUCAGUCUCUUGUUCCGAACUCCAUUCAUCGUAAUAACGGUGAAGGUUUGAAAAUACCAGUGCAUGCAUUUGGUUUUGGUGUUGAUCAUGAUGCUACUUUGAUGCAUUCCAUCUCUGAGAUUUCUGGAGGCACAUUUUCCUUUAUUGAAGCUGAGGAAGUGAUUCAGGAUGCGUUCGCUCAGUGUAUUGGGGGAUUAUUGAGUGUGGUUGUUCAAGAUCUACAUGUGGAAGUUCGGUGUGCUCAGUCUCGUUUGCAACUUAGUUCAGUAAAAGCAGGAAGUUACCAAAGUACAUUGACUAACAAUGCAAGAAUGGCUUCCAUAAAGGCAGGAGAUUUGUAUGCUGAAGAAGAAAGAGACUUUUUAGUGACACUCAAUGUUCCAGUUGAGAAAUCUAGUGAUGAGAUGUCAUUGUUGAUCAUUACAUGUAUUUAUAGUGACCCCAUCACAAAAAUGGAGGGUUUGGAUGUAACAAGUGAAGUGAAGAUUCAGAGACCUAAUGUGGCUAGAGAUCAAGUUGUAUCAAUAGAAGUAGAUAGGCAAAGGAAUAGACUUCAAGCUACUGAGGCAAUGGCUGAGGCUAGAGUCGAAGCAGAACGUGGUGAUUUGACUGCUGCAAUUUCUGUCCUAGAAAGAUGUCAAAGGGCAUUAUCUGAAACUAUUUCUGCUCAAGCCGGUGAUCCAUUAUGUACUUCUCUUUCUGCUGAACUAAAGGAGAUGCAGGAUAGAAUGGCAACUCGACGUGUUUAUGAAGAAUCUGGAAGAGCUUAUGUACUAUCAGGAAUGAGCUCUCAUUUAGGGCAAAGAGCAACUGCAAGAGGUGAUUCCACAGACUCCACCAGCUUCGUGCGUGCGUACCAAACUCCUUCCAUGGCUGACAUGGUAUCACGUUCCCAAACCAUUCUUGUGAGGACACCACAAUCAUCGGGAAAUAUUCUACGACCUACUAAAUCCUUUAGUGGUCGGCAGCAAAGAAAAUAAUCAGGGGAAUUUUACAUUGCUCUAUAGAGAUUAGCUUUUAUUUUUAAAGCUAGAUAGGCAGCAGGAAGGAAAGGAAAUGAUUUUAGGCAUUUUGAAUUGUAAAUGCUCCAUGCGAUACUCUUCUAAUUCUUUUUUAUUAGUGGGUGCUCUUCCUUCUGUUUUUCCUUUUGAACAAAUAAAAUAGUAUUUUUUUUUCAGGUGAUUUUUUGUGCCCAACACAGCAUCGGGGUUUCAAAUUUUAGCUACAUACAUACUUAUAUGAAUGUAUGUACUUCUAUUAGUUGAUUCAAUUGAAUACAAAAAGCAGUUUGGAUUCUAA